AUGCUACUUCUUCUACUACUUUCUGUCGUCUUUCGGAGCUACGUUCACAUAUUCCUGCUGGUUUGGUCAUUGAUAUUUGGUAUUGUUGCUGCUCACGGCAUUUUAAGCAAAGAUUCCCUUUUGCCAAACAUCCUAUUCAUGUACACUCGGAAAUAUAAGAAUGAAAAAGAAGAUGAACUCUCUCUUAUGAAAGCCAUGUGUACUGUAUGUGGCCAGAGAAAAUGUCCCCGACAUAGACCAGAAUUGAACAUUUUGGCUUUCCAACCUUGGAAUGGUCUUGAUAUUCCAGAGCGGGUUGACAAAUCACUUGGAGAGUUGCUGGAUUUAGUUUUCAAAGAAUUCAUCUAUUCUUGGUUUAAAGACUUGAGUGAAGAUGAGGAAUUUGUGGAUGAGUUAAGGACAAACAUUCGUUUUAUCACAGCUGUGCUCUUAAGAAGAGCCAAAAAGAUUGAUGUUCCUGAACUUCUUGUUGGAAAAAUAUCCAAAGCUGCCCUGUCACACUUGGAUGCCUACUUGCAGACAAAAAGGAGAGUACCUGUGGGUACAGACCUUCAAACUGCAACUCUUGAGUACCUUGGACCAAACUUGCAUGUUGUCAUGCAGAGUCGAAAGAUGGAACUUGAAUAUCUUCGACGUUUAGUAGAAAGUUUAUUUCCCUUCAUUUUGCAACCACAUGCCUUGCACUCCAAGUGUAUGUGUUCAUUAGUUCGUGAAGUUGGCGCUGGUUCUCUUUUACAGUUGGCUAUGAAUACUAUUGCUGAUCCUGAUAUUGUUAACAAUAUGAUUUUGAUUUUCUUGGAUGAUUCUCCACCUCCAGUCGCAGUAAAGAUACCUUCAAAACCCGUACCUUUUCUAACUGACUUUUCAGAAUCUUUAUCUCGAAAUAAAUCGUGUCUACACUUGGAAUUGGAAGAUAUUAUGAACCAGAGUGAAUUAUUGUAUACAUUCAUGCAAUUUAUGAAAAGGGAAGCUGCUGUAAGUGUGCUACAGUUCUGUCUUGCCUGUGAUGAUUUUAAUGGACGCAUUUUGAAUCCUGACCUAACUGAUAAUGAUCUUCAGGAAUUGCAUAGCAUGGCCAAAGAUCUCUACAAAAAUUACUGUGCUCCAACAGCUCUGGACAAGAUACUAUUUGAUAAUGAAGUUGUAGAACAAUUAAAAGUCAUUGUCGAAGGACCUUUCCAAAAUGUUGUAAAAUUAAGGACAUCACCACCGCUGUUCAAAGCUUAUGAACAUGCUUAUAAUCUAUUGGAGAAGACAUUUCUUCCAUUGUUUCACCAAAGUGACGAUUAUUACAGAAUGCUUUGUGGUGACCGGUGUGUGUCGCAAGUUGUCAAAGUUGGAACGAAAUCAGAGAUGAAAAGCAACUUAACACCACUUUUACAAAAAGAUAUGGCCAGGCUUACUUGGUAA